CCAUGGACUUGUAUAUAUAGAGAGAGAUAUGUGUGUGCUUGUGUGUCUCUCUGCAAUAACGAGGGUCAAGCGAAAACAAAGGUGUUUUUGGGUCAGUCCUGCGAGAAACGAUAACUUUCCUAUUCUUUCUUUCUCUUCCUCCUCUGUGGGUCCCCAUUCUCCUUCUGGUCGCAUCUUCCUCCUAAACGACGAUCCACUCAUUUCCACAUCAACCCUUUCUCUGUGGUUUCGCAGCUGCUCCUAUCAACCCUGUUAUCUUUCUCGUUUCUGGUUGUGGUUCUACUUUGAUACCAUUUCCACCUCGUUCUCGUUCCUCUUCGUUUUAUAUUUUUUCCUGCUUAUUGGACCCGAGAUUUGUUUUUUUAUCCUCUCGCGUGCUGAGAUUUUUGAUUCGUUUUCGGUUGUUUUUCUGUUACCCGUCAAGUCGUAUCUAGAUUUAUUACCUAAGUUUCUAUUUAAUUUGUUGGGAUUCGGUUGGUGUGGAGGUGGUUGAUUUGGUUGUAUUUGGGGAUUGGCGCUUGUGGUCUUCAAUGGGCUGCUUGGACGAGGGACAUUUCAAUGUUGAGCUUGAGAAUGUUGUGAGUACUAGUUGUGCUGAAUUGGGUUUAGAGGAGGCGAACACAACUGCCAUUGAAGAUGCUGUGAAAGUUCUGUUGCUUGGUCUCGGGGAAGAUAUAAACAGGGAAGGCAUCAGAAAGACACCACUUCGUGUUGCCAAGGCCCUUUGUGAAGGAACCAGAGGUUACAGACAAAAGGUGAAGGAAAUUGUUCAGGGUGCUCUAUUUCCUGAAGCUGGUCUGGAUGAUAGAGUUGGACAUGCAGGGGGAGCAGGCGGACUUGUGCUUGUUCGAGAUCUCGACCAUUUUUCUUACUGUGAGUCCUGCUUGCUUCCAUUCCAAGUCAAGUGUCAUGUGGGUUAUAUCUCUUCUGGUCAUAGGGUUGUUGGUUUAAGCAAGCUCUCCCGUGCGACUGAUGUUUUUGCAAAACGACUCCAAGAGCCUCAGCGUCUAGCAGAUGAGAUCUGUUUUGCUUUGCAUCAGGAAAUAAAGCCUGCCGGUGUCGCUGUUGUACUCCAGUGUUCCCAUAUUCACUUUCCAAACAUAGAAUCAGUUCUUCUUGACUCUAAACACCGAGGAUGGGUGAAGAUACUUGUUUCCUCAGGUUCAGGGGUUUUUGAGAACAAGACUGCAGAUUUAUGGGCUGAUUUCUUUAACCUCCUUAAAUUUAGAGGCGUUGAUAGGGAAAAAAUACAGUUUAGAGGAUCAUCUGAUCAGUGCUGGUGUCCUUCUCUGUCUUCCCUUUCUACUGAAGCUUCCUCCAAAAUUGAAGCGGUCAACUCAGUGACUAUCACUGCAGUAGUGUCGAUUCUCAAAUCUUUGGGAGAAGAUCCAUUAAGGAAGGAGCUUACAGGGACUCCGAGUCGAUUUGUGAAAUGGUUGAUGAACUUCCAGAAUAGCAACAUGGAGAUGAGGCUGCAUGGUUUCCUUGGUAAUGGGAUGAAUUCUUCAAACGUCAAUGGGAAGGUUAACUUGAAUGAGAAGCAAAUGUGCUCUGAGAUGAACUUGCCCUUUUGGUCUCAGUGUGAGCAUCAUUUACUUCCAUUUCACGGUGUUGUUCAUAUUGGAUAUCUCGGCUCAGAAGGAUUUAACACCAUCGGAAAAUCCCUUUUGCAGUCAAUAGUACAUUUUUAUGGUUUCAAGCUUCAAGUUCAGGAAAGACUCACUAGACAGAUAGCAGAAACCAUUUCACCACUGUUAGGUGGAGAUGUAAUAGUAGUUGUAGAGGCAAGCCACACCUGUAUGAUUUCCAGGGGGAUUCAGAAGUUUGGAAGUAGCACGGCUACCAUCGCUGUGUUAGGACAUUUCUCAACCGAUUCUUCAGCGAGGGCAUGUUCUUGCAGGGCAUUCCAAGCCCUACGUCUUGCGGAGGGCUAUGAUUGCUCUUUGUUUGAAUUCCCUCGGAAUAAUUAGCCGUUGUUCUAAACUGUCAGGCAGAACCCAUUUACAAUAAAAUAAGUAGCACAAGAAGCAUCAUCAUCAUCAUAAAGAGACAUGUUGAUCCCAUUUACAAUAAAAAUAAGUAGCAUAAGAAGUAUCAUCAUCAUAAAGAGACAUGUAAAUAUGUUAGACAUGUUAUUCAUUUGGGAUCCAUUUCUGAUCUGUUUACAUGUCUUUGUUAUGAAUUUGGUUUGGUGGUUGUGUACUGCUAUUUAGAGUCCCCCAAGUCAUUCUUCAAGGUUCAUUAUCUGGUCAGCUAGAAGUGCAGCAGCUUACACAUGGAUUAUAAUUGUGAAGAGAUCCUUCCAUGGAUAUUCGGCAGAACAAAGAUUACAAGUUUCUGAUAUUUUGUUGUUGUGCAAGUGAUUUACAUUUUACAAGCAGCGAUGGUUUUGAUGGUUUAUAGUCCGAUCGUUUUUCUUUCAUGAGUGAUUACUACGUUUUGAAUAUCA